CGCGGUUCUGGUGCCAACAGAUCGCCACCAUGUAGGACCUCCCUUCACUGUAACUGGGCAUCCCGCUCGGUUACUACCAUCCAUAUAUCUCCAGACUUGGGACUCUAUACCUAGCAGGUCGAACUGCGAACCCCCGUGCACAGCGACGAUGGAGAAACCCACAAACGGGAGUGCGCCCACCAAAGUGUGGACCACGCUCAUCACGAACACUCAGUACCUCUCGGGCCUCCUCACGCUCGAGUAUUCCUUGAAGAAAGUUGGCUCGCAAUAUCCUCUCGUCGCACUUUACACUGAUACGUUUCCUCCCGAAGGCCUGCAAGCCCUCGAAAGGAGAGGCAUACCGGCGAAACACAUUCCUUAUCUCCUGCCGUCCGUCCCCAAGGAGUACGCCAACGAUCCGCGUUUCUACGACUGCUGGAGCAAAUUAACUCCCUUCAGCCUCACCGAGUAUGAGAGGGUGGUACAACUGGACAGCGACAUGAUGGUCUUGAAGAACAUGGAUGAACUGAUGGAGCUGGAGCUGGACCCGCCUGAGAUGAAUGGCGAGGGAAACAGGGUAUACGCUGCCAGUCAUGCUUGCGCGUGUAAUCCCUUGAACAAGCCGCACUAUCCGAGACAUUGGAUACCGGAGAACUGCGGAUUCACUUCCCAGCAUACUACACCAGACGAUGCUCAGAUUCAUGGGCCACCUCCCACCGCGGGGAUAGGGUCCCCCAAUGGCGGGCUAGUCGUGUGCAACCCCAGCCAAGCCAUCUACAACAAGAUCCUCGACGCCAUGAAAAACGGCGACUUGACCUCAAGCUACGACUUCGCCGAUCAGAGCUUGCUGGGUGACCGAUUUUAUGGUCGCUGGGUCGGACUGCCGUACAUCUACAACGCUCUGAAGACGUUGAGGUGGAAAGGAGUUCAUGACGCCAUCUGGCGCGACGAUCAGGUCAAGAAUGUCCAUUUCAUCCUGAGUCCAAAGCCUUGGGAUGAGAAAUUCGAAGAUAUCCAGGACGAAACGCACAGGUGGUGGCACCGCAUAAACGACGAGCGGUUGGCGCGUGAAAAGUCCCAUGAGAUCAGUGAUGGGUUUUAGCGCAAGUGAGGCUGUUGGUAAGGUGCGAGGUACCAGUAAUUAAUGGGUAUUUAGACGUUGAGCGCAACGCGCAAAAUAGAGGCUGAUAGACAGAUAGACAGAUAUUACGGAUUUAAAUGCUGAUAGCUGGCAGCGGCACCACAGCAGCGCCUCUUUGUUGUUCACUUUUCAUCCUUUCAAAAAGCACCACUGCAGCAGCCUC